ACCAUUGGAUCGUUUCAGAAAGAAACCAAAAAGUCCAAAAACCAGCCAAAAAAAGCCCACAAAACCUUUCUUUCUUUAAUCUCUUUACCUCUUGUCUGUAUUCCCUCUCUCCCUUUUGGGGUGCAACGAAGUUGGUGAGCAUUUAAUUGUACCAGCUUUUUGAUACCAAUAGAAGGUAGUUGAUCUGAAUUGAUCUUGAUUAACUCCUCCUUUGCUAGUCCUUGGUUCUUGCAAGUUUGAUUCUCACAGUGCUUCCCUGAAGUAGAAAAGUUGAAUUGUUUUCGCUCUCAAACAUGAGGCCAAAGAUCUAUCUUUUUGGAGACUCAAUCACGGAGGAGUCCUUUCGUGAUGGUGGUUGGGGUGCUUCUCUCGCCAACCUUUUCUCUCGCACGGUUGAUGUGGUGCUGAGAGGGUACAGUGGGUACAAUUCAAGGUGGGCGUUGAAGGUGCUUGAUAGGGUUUUUCCUGCGGCGGAAAGCGGUGGUUCUGACGGUGCUUCACCGCCACCACUUGCAGUAACCGUCUUCUUCGGAGCUAACGACGCUUGCCUUCCCGAUAGAUACGCUGCUUUCCAACACGUGCCAGUUGAUGAGUACCAGCAGAAUCUCCACUCCAUUGUGUCCUCUCUCAAGAAGCGGUGGCCAAAGACUCUGAUUCUCCUGAUUACUCCUCCUCCAAUUGAUGAAGAUGAACGCCUUAGGAAAUAUUCUGGAUGCAGACAUCCUUACGCAGAGAAUCCAUCGGGUUUGCCCGAGAGGACAAAUGAAGCUGCUGGCGCUUUUGCCAAGGCAUGUGUUGAAACUGCUGGGGAAUGUGGAAUCCCUGUGGUAGAUCUCUGGACCAGGAUGCAGCAGUAUCCUGACUGGCGGAAAGCUUAUCUUAGGGAUGGUUUGCACCUCACUCAGGAUGGCAACAAGGUAGUAUUUGAGGAAGUAGUGAAGAAGCUGAAUGUGGGAGGCUUAAGCCUGGAAAAGCUAACAGUUGAUCUCCCACUUUUAGCUGAUAUUGACCAAGGUGACCCACUCAAGGCUUUUCAGUGGUAGUUAAGAUCACUGAAUAUUUAUAUAUCAGGGGCAGGAUCUCCUUUUUUGAUCUUUAAGUAUUAUUUUGCUAUUGUUGUAGUCCUAGAAGUAUUCUAUAUAAAACGAAUGGCCAAAUUAUAGAUGGCAACUGCUUCAGCUUCUGAACAAUAUAACCAAUUUCUAUUAUUUUGUCA